AUGCAACCAAAGAGCCGGCCGAUUCUCCUCUUCAUCGCCGCCGUCGUUGGGCUCUUCGAUGGGAGGGCGUCGUCGCCGGCCGGAACCCACGAGUACGUGAUAUGCCCCGCGGAUGGGCCCAGCGAGAACCAAUGUCCACCCGUGGACCGAGGGACGAUCCACGAUCGUCGCGUCGUGUGGGUCGACGACGAGGCGCACGUCAUCUAUGUUUACCCCAUCUGGGCGGCCAAGGCGAAAGCACUCCUGGCAGCGAAUGCGUCCACCACCGGCCCUGCGUCCCUACCACCGACGGAGGCCAUCGCCAUGCCCGAAGAGACGUCGACCGAACAAUCCAACCCGGCCACAACGACCGAAUCCUUGAGCCCGGCCACAACGAUUCCCUCGACAACAACACCUCCCUCGUUGAUUGUAAACGACUGCGGCGACAACGACGAGGCCAACGACAACAGCGACCACAACGACGAGGGCGGCCCCCACUACCACAACAAUCUCCCCGACCACCCGAACCACGCCUUGUUU